CAGAGCGACAACAUGAAGAUCGCGCUGGUCCUGCUGAGCCUCCUGGCACUGACCCUGGCGGAGAGUAACAUUAGUCCCCCGGUGGUCAAGGUUUACACUGCGGAACCAGUGGACUUUGGCAAAACUAAUGAGGUGAUCUGCUACGUGUACAACUAUCACCCUCCUCGUCUGGAGAUGAGACUGGAGAAGAACGGAGUAGAGAUCCCCGACUGCAAACAGACCGACCCCUCAUUCCAACAUAACUGGAAAUAUUACACCACGAAGAGUACCCACGUGCACAUCGACAAGGGGGAUAAAGUGGAAUGUGUGGUCUCCCACAAUGGGAACCCCUCCAAGAAGUACAGACUGGACAUUUUCUGAGCUGCGACUAGAAGGUGCAGCUCAAGAUGUGGGCGGGAUAAUAAUUCCAACCAAGUCCCCGCCCACUUGCAUUUCCUAUAAUAAAAUUAAUUGCCGCUGGGGGAGGGGUAACCUUUACCUUUUUUUAACCGUAUAUUUUUUUGCAAGGGGGGGGUCGGCAGCAAGUUUGGCGCGCCUCAUUUUUGCGCACUGGGUAUGGCGGCAGUUAAGAGCCCCUGCCUUAUAGGACCAGGGCCGAGUGUAAAGUGAAUCUGCCCCCAUGACUUUGGUGUCAGGUAUAACAGGUUCAUUUUACACUCUAUCACCCCAUAAAUCAUAUUCCCCCUCCCCCCUGUAUUAUAUAAAUAUACCCCAAGUUACUGGUGUGUUACCCUCUACGUACUUACCCCUGGGCAGUGUUGAUUUAUACUCAAUCUAUACAUGUGCUUCCUAGUGACACCUAGUGGGUCACUCGUGUAACUGCAGAUACCUGUGGUUAUUGGUUGGAAUGAAUGCGCAUUGCUGCCCCCUUGUGGUGUAACUGUGCUCCAGCCACAAUUUAGCCCCACUCUAGCCACUCCCACCCUUUCUCAUCCAAUCACUGAUCUCUAUAUAUACAGCAGGGUUUUAAUCUAUAUAUACAGCAGGGUUUAAUCUUUCACAGCUCAAAGGCUAUUACAGGAGGGAUGUCCCAGCAUGCAUUGCAUUUUACAGCCAGAGAUGCUGAGGCAGCAGAAAUUCCUUCCCUGUGUUAUAACAAUGGCUCCUAAGACUGUCCUUUUUCUGAUUGGUGUGUGCUCUAAUUGAAUUGAAUUAAUUGAAUAAAUUACCUUUUAAACUA